GUGAUGAUGGCAGUGUUGAGUGAUUGCAAAGAGGCGUCGGCCAAUCAGUUCACCUUGUUGGUCGUCACAUAUGGCAGAUGAGGAAGCAGAUAGUAGAGCUGAUAGAUCGUUGUGAAGCGCCUCGCAAGUGUGAUAGUCCCCUAGAUAUGACACGACUCGCACGGCAUGAGAAUAGCAGGACGUGAUGUGGCUUCUGAUCGGUUGGGCUGUGAAAGGUUUUUCUGAAAGCCAAGAGGUGUACCAGACGGGUGGUGGGGAACGUGUGUCGGCUAUACGAUUGAACUUCAAGUCUGAUGUGAUGGUCAAAAUGCGGGUUACGAGCUGCUCGGCAACAUCCUCUACAGCACGCCAUUCUGGGCAUGGUCGAAAGCGUUGGCGGAUAUACGACAUGGAGGGAACGACCAGUUGGACGAUAUGUGCGAACUGUUCCGGACGGAGAUUUCUGCGAGUAAACGGAGAGAGUGAAGCGUAUGCGUCCCACACAGCGUCCGCAUGAUGGAGAUCGCGGUCCAUAUCCAGAUACGGAAGCUGAGAGUCGAUGAAAGCCAGCGCUGGGUGGAUAGGAGCCGAGCUACGGUGGAGAGCCGAGGUGGAAGAUUCUCGGCAACGUACAGCGUCCGAGUAGUCGAACUCUUGUCCCUCCGUUAUCUUGUGUGCCGUGGAAUGACUUUCGGAUUCGUUAGAGAAGCAAGGGAAGGUGGGUGCAGGGAGGGAGGAGGAGAGCGAGUAACCAGGAAACGAGGGAUGAGAAGCAGGAUUCAUAUGGUUGUUAUCCCAUGAAGGACGAUCGGGCUUUUCAAAUGAGCACGAGCUGGGAUGAGAUGAGGACAUGCUCCGUGAGGAAGGGAUGGCAGCGUGCGUGCAGGUCGGGUGGGAUAGUGGUCGAGGUGUCGGAGGGAAGGAUUGCCCAAGAGCAUGUGUGAGAAGCCAUGAUGUUGAUCGAGGGUGCAAGCAGCGCCUGGGUUGAGCUUGUCCCUCGCAGAUUAUCGGUGCGGAUGAUACGCUGACCCAAGAUGCGUGAGAGAGACGGAAAAUCGGUCUUCGAAUCAUGACGGCACGCAAAUGGAC